UUUAAUGUAAAAUCCAUGGAUAAAAACCAAAUAAAUUCUGUCUCCUUUCAGACUUUGAAAUCGACCGAACCGAGUUCACUGCGUGCUAAGUGCAACCUUGAUCAACAGUGGCACGUGAACCAAACUCACAACAGCAUGACAUUGCCAUCUGUCCAGCAGCAAGAGCAUUUGUUAAAGAAAAGUCCUCAAGAAUAUGUCUUACAAGAAUCAAAUAGAAUUUCAUCACCUGUGGCUUUUGAUUCAGAUAAUGGUGAUCUAGCAUCUGUGAAACAGAUUCUUAGCACAGCAGGUGCAAACACAUUCAAGGAAUACAUGAACCCUGCAGAAGAAGACAUCACUCUUAGCCAUGCUAAUGGCCAUGAAGAUAUACCGAGCCCAGAUGAAUAUGAUUCUGAUUUUGUUAAGAAAAUCAAAAGAGAACCACAAGACCCAGAAGAAAAUGAGGACAAUAUUCUUGAAGAAUGCAAUUCCACUAGUCUCGAUGAAACUAAGGGGACUAUUUCCCAAGAAACGGACCAAUCCAAGCAAAAGUCCCUCAAAAAGAAACGUAAUUCUUAUGCAGAUUCCCCUCACAAACUUAAGUGUCCCUACUGCCCACGUAAUUUUCCUUGGGCUAGUUCACUGAAGCGCCACAUUUUAACCCAUACUGGGGAGAAGCCAUUUGAAUGUCCUAAAUGCCAUGUUAUAUUUUCCACAAAAUCCAACAGAGAGCGCCAUCUAACCAGAAAACAUGGUGUUAACAUGCUUGAUCCUGCUGCUCGUCAGUCAAUGGACCGUCCCCAUAAAUGUCAUCGUUGUGUCUUUAGUUCAUUUGCCACAAAAGAAAAUCUUCGUCGCCAUUAUCAUGAACGCCAUCCUAACGAUCCAAUACCUGAGAAUGUCGGGUAUGAUCCCGAUGAGAAAAUACUGAACCUGUCUUCCCCUUCGACCGAUCUGCUGAAUAAUAAUGAUAAUAAUAAUAAUGAUAAUAGAGUGAACAGUUACAAUGAGACGUUUCACUCAACAUCGCAGAAUAACGGAGAAGAUUUCGAUGGUGGUCUAAAUGUUAGAAGCAUCAGCUAUGAAAUUGACAAACAAGGAAUGGAUGAUGAAGACCUGGUCAAAGACGAAAAUGAUGAAGAAAUGCUUCCAGACAAUCACCAUUGGUCACCAACCACUGCAAAACUGCCGAUCAUCAAAUUAGAAGAAAGUGCAGAAAUCAACCACUCCUUGUUAAUAAAACAUCGAAAAGACCAUGAAGUGGAUUCACCGUUUAUGUGCUACCUCUGUGACAGUUCCUUUGACGAAAGAGCCACAUGUUUGGCGCACAUAGAACAACAGCACAAUACACAAUGGCAAGUUGUUGCCGCCAAAAUAAACAUUGAUAAUAUCGAGUAUUUUUGCAACAAAAUGGACCACAUCGUUUCUCAAAGAUGUAAAAUGUCUGCCAAUGUUGAUGCUAACCGAAAGACUGAUUAUUUAAGCAGAAAAGUUUAUUGCUCAUUCUGUGCCCAGAGGUUUUGGUUUUUACAAGACUUGCGGUGCCACAUGCGAUCUCAUACUGUUAAUAAUUUUAUUGAUGAAAACCAGGACCAUUCGAAAUCAGAUCCAGAAAUCGACAGAACAAAAGGUCAACUGCCCAUGGAAAUAGCAUUCGAGGAGAAGCAAGAGGAUUGUAAGAGUGACAUCCUUCCUGAAAUAUUGGGUCUCAAUGAAUCCGACAUUGAGAAAAUGUUAGAAAAUGCUACUUCAGGGGGUAACUUGAGUUAUAUUGCUUCAGACAAAUAACGAGGGCAUUUUAUUGGACACAACUCCUUGUUGGAGAAAAUGAAGAAUGUUACAAAUUUCAAGAGAAAACAAAACAAAAAAAUUAAAAAGACAAACCUGUUUUCUCUCUCAACUUGUUAUUUGGCUGGGAGCAUGCUUGGCCCCAAAACUUGUUGGAUUCCAUCAAUGUUGGAUGAAGAUUUCGCUUAUUUUUCAUUUUCAUUUUUUUCCUGGUUUCUAUUUUUUUUUAAAAACUUGUUGGAACUUCAGAGUUGAUAUUGUUUCUAAUCUUUAUUAUCAGUUUUGUUAUAAAUUAAAAAGAAAAAAAAAAAUAUAUAUUAAAAAAAAAAAAAAAAAAAAUAUAUAUAUAUAUAUAUAUAUAUAUAUAUAUAUAUAAACCUUCUCCCUCCUAAUAGAAACAUGUGUACGUGUUUAUAUAUAUAUUUAUAGUAAAGGUUCCUGGUUUAGUGGUUGGCAUAUUCAGCUCAGGAUCAUGUGGUCAUCAGUUCGAUUUCCAGCAGUGCAUUGUGUCCUUAAGCAAGACACUUUAUUUCCUGUUGCUCCUGAGUUGUACCAGUAAUUCAAACGGGUUGGCCUUGUCACAUUCUGCAUCAGGCUGAAUCUCCCCAAGCAGUCCACAAAGUGCUCAACCGCUUGCUCAUUAAUUUCAUGAGCAGGCUGUUUUGUUGAUCAGAUCAACUGACAACCUACCAGUUAUAUAUAUAUGUAUGCCUGCAUGCUUAUGUGGUUAAGAAGUUUGCUUGGCAAUCAUGUGGUUUUAGGUUCAGCCCCAUAGUAUGCCACCUUGGAGUAACCAAUACCUUUUAAGUGGAAUGCGGUUGGUGGAAACUGUCUUGAAGCCUGCCAUCUAUUUCCAUACACUCAUGUGUAUGUCUGUAUUAUGUUUGUGUUCAUAUUUACACUGGUAAAAACCAAACCAGUGUGUUGUUUGUGUCCCUUAACUUAGCAGUUUGAUUAGUUGAGUUCCAGACUGAAUUAAGUAUUGGGGUCAAUGUGAUUGACUAAAAGAACCCUUCGAGGCAGUGCCCUAACAUGGCUGUAGUCCAAUGACUGAAACCAGCAUAAAAAUAAAAUAAUAUACAUGAUAUAAUUAUAUAAUGUUAAAAGUAGUUUUGUGUGACUGUGUCUCAUUUUAUAUGUAUGCAUAUAUAUAUAUAUAUAUAUAUAUAUAUAUAUGCAUAUACAUACAUACAUUCGAUGCUUUUAAAAAAACAAUAUAUAUAUAUGUAUGUGUGUGUAAGUUAUUAUAUAUAAUUUGCUGAAUUUUCAAAUAUAUGUAUUAUCCAAAUUAAUUUGUGUGUAUAUUUGUGUGUGUCGAUGACCAUUUGCGUAUGUAUAUGCAAAUAUCUGCAUGUGAAUGUUUGUAUGUGACAAGGAGUUGCAAUUACUUAUUUGAAGCAGAUGAAAGGAAUGGUGGGCAUGAUUGGUCAGGUGACUUAGAGACAUUAAAGACACACCUGAAGCCUCCUAUACUCAGGUGUGUCUUUCUUUUUUCUACAUCAAGAAUCAUUUCUCCAGCACUUUGGUGUUAUCCAUCAGCACUGGAAACGUUUUUUUUUUUUUAUGAAGCAUCAUCAUUUUUAAUAACAUUAAUAAUUACAAACACAUAAUCAUCCACAAUGGAUCUAUCUAAUAUGGCAGCCAAAUCUCCCUCUUGAAUACCACUGCAUAAUGUAGUUUUUGAUUGGUACACACACAAAGACGCGAUGGUCACGAUUGGAUUUACUUUGGUCAGGGUGAGGCCAGGGUUAAUCAACAACUACAAUUCCACCACUUCUAUGAUGACAUGAACAACAUUUACAGCAGCUGAACAACUCCAUCAUCAUCGUAAUUACCAUUAACAAGAAAACUUAAACCAACUACAUCAUCAUCUUCAUCAUAAUUCAACACUAACAACAACAACAAUUACAUUACAGCUAUAUUUUCUAUUUUAUUUAACUAAAAUCUCCUCCCCAUCUUGUUUAGCCCUAGGUCAUAGAUCUGAUCCAGCACAAUUACCAUUGAAGCUAUGCCAACUCUUUGACUCUCCUGUAUUAUUUAAUAUGACCUUCCCUUAUGUGGCAGAAUGUGUUUUGAGGCAGCCAUGGCUGCUAUGUUGUUGUUUAGCCAUGGGUCAGCUUUAAUUGAGCAGAACUAUGAUCAAAACUGUUUCAGAUAGUGACUGUUCCAAUGGUCAAAGCCAAACUGGUGUUGUUGCUUAUGUCAUGUGAUGACCAAACAGUUGGACAAGAGAUCGAUAAAAUAACUAUCAAAUUGAAAUAGGGACUACAGUUGAUGGGAUCAACCAAAAACCCUUGAAAGUUGUGCCCCAGCAUGGCCACUGUUCAAUAACUGAAACCAAUGCAAAAAUUAAAUAUUGUAUAAUGGUAAGAAAUGAUUUUGUCUUUGGAUAUCCUGGAUACACACGUCUUCUGCCCCCUUUUUUUUUUAUAGAUGUAUGGUGUGAUUUGCAGGAGAUUUGCUUAUUAUUUCUAGCAGGCUAAACAGCCAUGUAUGGGACCCCUCUUUGGCUCAUUUUGGUGUUUACAUGUGCAGAGAGCAGUGGAAUUGGUCAAGAGUCUUGUCCUUCUGUCCCUGGCUAGGAAAGACACUCAACACAUAUUGGCUCACUUUGUUUUCAGUAUGGAACUGCUAAUUACUAUAAGAACGCUUUAUAUAAUUAGCAAAUAUUUUGUUAAUGAACCUAGUACUGCAUGCUAAGUUCAACCAGUUUUCCAUAUAGAAAUCUUCUUAGCAUCAAAACAUUAAUUGCCAAAAUGAUUUUUGUAUCCAAAUGGUUGAGCUGGUUUGGCACUGCCAAAACUUACCUCAGCCAGAAUAUUGACUCCUGCAUGUCAGGUGUUAGGUAAUAUCUUUGUGUGUCUGGAAUUUUGUUAACAUUACUUUUGUCUAUCCAUUUCUUUUUCUGUCCCCUAUUCCUGGUAGAGUCCUGUCAGAAGUAGGACCAGUUGAGAUUACGAUUAUUAUCCAACCAUCUCAUUCUUGGUCUACCUCUAGGCCUCCUGCUAGUUGGCUUGGCUUAGCUUGAAGAAUGCAUCUUACAAUUCUUUCCUGAGACAUUCUAUCACAUGUCUGUAGUGCCUGAACUGUAACCUUCCAAAGCAGAGAAGUGGCAGCUUGACCUGGAGAGUCUCUUUCAUCUCCAAGUAAUGUUACUUUUGUCUAUAAAAUUAAUCAGAAAUCUUUCUAGAGAACUUUUGAUCUCAGCAAGCACGUCUUCGUUCAGACUAACCAACCUUGUCUAAAGAACUCUCCACAAUGAUGCUAUUCUAGCCAAGAAUUCUUCCCACUAUGUUUCUGAUGCUGACUAGAAACUCCUUGUAAUAUUGUCAAAUGAAUACCACUUCCUGGAGGGCAGGAUGUUUUGUCAAAGAGAGUCUGAAAUUAGGAACAAAUUCUUCCUAUUGAAUAUUGGUAGGAACAGUUUUCAACAAAUGACUUUUUAGAAACCUUCCUGGCUUGGAACUUUUUGCUGUUGUGUAGCCCCCAAGUCAAAGAUGUUCCGGUUGUGA